CUGGAUGCUCGGCAGCCUCCUCUGCAGAGCCUGGACGGCCCCGGCCGCGUCCCAAAAAUGUGAUGAACCACUUGUGUCUGGGCUCUCCCACGGAGCUUUCAGCAGUUCAUCGUCCAUGUCUGGGAGCUAUUCUCCAGGCUACGCCAAGAUCAACAAGCGAGGGGGUGCUGGGGGAUGGUCUCCAUCCGACAGUGACCAUUAUCAAUGGCUUCAGGUUGACUUUGGCAAUCGGAAGCAGAUCAGUUCCGUUGCAACGCAAGGAAGAUACAGCAGCUCAGACUGGGUGACCCAGUACCGCAUGCUGUACAGUGACACUGGGAGAAACUGGAAGCCCUAUCACCAGGAUGGGAACAUCUGGGCAUUUCCUGGGAACAUCAACUCUGAUAGUGUGGUUCGUCAUGAUUUACAGCAUCCAGUAAUCGCCCGCUAUGUGCGCAUCGUGCCCCUGGACUGGAAUGGAGAAGGCCGCAUUGGGCUCAGAGUUGAGGUCUAUGGAUGUUCUUACUGGGCCGAUGUUAUCAACUUUGAUGGCCACGUUGUGUUGCCAUACAGAUUCAGAAACAAGAAGAUGAAGACCCUGAAAGAUGUCAUUGCUUUGAAAUUUAAAACCUCUGAAAGUGAAGGGGUGAUCUUGCAUGGGGAAGGACAGCAAGGGGAUUACAUUACCCUGGAACUGAAAAAAGCCAAGCUGGUCUUCAGCUUAAACCUAGGAAGCAACCAGCUCGGCCCCAUCUACGGCCACACGUCCGUGACGACCGGGAGUCUUCUGGAUGAUCACCACUGGCACUCCGUGGUCAUUGAGCGCCAGGGCCGGAGCAUUAACCUCACCCUGGACAGGGGCGUGCAGCACUUCCGCACCAACGGCGAGUUCGACUACCUGGACCUGGACUACGAGAUAACCUUUGGAGGCGUACCUUUCUCUGGGAAGCCAAGUUCCAGCAGUAGAAAGAACUUCAAAGGCUGCAUGGAAAGCAUUAAUUACAAUGGUAUCAACAUAACUGAUCUCGCGAGAAGGAAGAAACUAGAGCCCUCAAAUGUGGGAAAUUUGAGUUUCUCGUGUGUGGAGCCCUACACCGUGCCUGUCUUUUUCAACGCUACCAGUUACCUGGAGGUGCCAGGGCGGCCGAACCAGGACCUGUUUUCCAUCAGUUUCCAGUUCAGGACUUGGAACCCAAAUGGUCUCCUGCUUUUCAGUCAGUUUGCAGAUAAUUUGGGCAAUGUGGAGGUUGACCUCACGGAAAGCAAAGUUGGUGUUCACAUCAAUGUCACGCAGACGAAGAUGAGCCAAAUAGACAUCUCCUCAGGUUCUGGAUUGAAUGACGGACAGUGGCAUGAAGUUCGUUUCCUAGCUAAGGAAAAUUUUGCCAUUCUCACCAUCGAUGGGGACGAGGCUUCAGCUGUUCGAACUAAUAGUCCUCUUCAAGUUAAAACUGGCGAGAAGUACUUUUUUGGAGGUUUUCUGAACCAGAUGAAUAACUCCAGUCACUCUGUCCUUCAGCAUUCAUUCCAAGGGUGCAUGCAGCUCAUCCAGGUGGAUGACCAGCUGGUGAAUUUAUAUGAAGUGGCACAGAGGAGGCCGGGGAGUUUUGCGAACGUCAGCAUCGACAUGUGCGCCAUUAUAGACAGAUGUGUGCCCAAUCACUGUGAGCAUGGCGGGAAGUGUUCGCAAACAUGGCACAGCUUCCAGUGCGCUUGUGAGGAGACGGGAUACAGUGGGGCCACCUGCCACAACUCGAUCUACGAGCCUUCCUGUGAAGCCUACAAACACCUGGGCCAGACGUCCAAUUACUACUGGAUAGAUCCUGAUGGCAGUGGACCCCUGGGGCCUCUGAAGGUCUACUGCAACAUGACAGAGGACAAAGUGUGGACCAUAGUGUCUCACGACUUGCAGAUGCAGACCACGGUGGUGGGCUACAGCCCAGAGAAGUACUCGGUGACACAGCUCGUGUAUAGCGCCUCCAUGGACCAGAUCAGCGCGGUCACCAGCAGCGCCGAGCACUGUGAGCAGUACAUCUCCUAUUUCUGCAAGAUGUCGAGGUUGUUGAACACGCCAGAUGGCAGCCCUUACACCUGGUGGGUUGGCAAAGCCAAUGAGAAGCACUACUACUGGGGCGGCUCCGGGCCUGGCAUUCAGAAGUGCGCCUGCGGCAUCGAGCGGAACUGCACAGACCCCAGAUACUACUGUAACUGUGACGCGGAUUACAAGCAGUGGAGGAAGGACGCUGGCUUCUUAUCCUACAAAGACCACCUGCCAGUAAGCCAGGUGGUAGUUGGAGAUACCGACCGGCAAGGCUCAGAAGCCAAACUGAGCGUGGGCCCCCUGCGCUGCCAAGGAGACAGGAAUUACUGGAAUGCUGCUUCCUUCCCAAAUCCAUCAUCCUACCUGCACUUCUCUACUUUCCAAGGGGAAACUAGUGCCGACAUUUCUUUCUACUUCAAAACGUUAAUCCCACGGGGAGUGUUUCUGGAAAAUCUGGGCAACACGGAUUUCAUCAAACUCGAGCUGAAAUCUGCCACCGAAGUAUCCUUUUCAUUUGAUGUUGGAAAUGGGCCGGUGGAGAUUGUGGUGCGGUCGCCCUCCCCUCUAAAUGAUGACCAGUGGCACCGGGUCACCGCGGAGAGGAAUGUCAAGCAAGCCAGCUUACAGGUGGAUCGGCUGCCGCAGCAGGUCCGCAAGGCACCCACAGAAGGUCACACGCGCCUGGAGCUCUACAGCCAGCUCUUUGUUGGUGGCGCCGGGGGCCAGCAGGGCUUCCUCGGCUGCAUCCGCUCCCUGAGGAUGAACGGGGUGACGCUGGACCUGGAGGAAAGAGCGAAGGUCACGUCCGGGUUCAAAUCCGGCUGCUCGGGCCACUGCACCAGCUACGGGGCCAACUGUGAGAACGGAGGCAGGUGUCUAGAGAAAUACCACGGCUACUCCUGCGACUGCUCGCACACGGCCUACGAUGGCACAUUUUGCAACAAGGAUGUUGGCGCAUUUUUUGAAGAGGGGAUGUGGCUACGGUAUAACUUCCAGGCAUCCGGGGUCAGUGGCAAAGAAUCCGGCGUCAGGUCAGACAGCUCCCCUGAUCAGCAGAGCGCCCCUGCCGACCUGGCGCACGAGGGGAUCCGCUUCAGCUUCAGUACCUCCAAGGCGCCCUGCAUUCUCCUCUACGUGAGCUCCUUCACGACAGACUUCUUGGCAGUGCUCAUCAAGCCCGCCGGAAGCUUACAGAUUCGGUACAACCUGGGCGGCACCAGGGAGCCCUACAACAUUGAUGUAGAUCAUAGGAACAUGGCCAACGGACAACCCCACAGCGUUAACAUCACCCGGCACGAGAGGACCAUAUUUCUCAAGCUCGAUCACUAUCCUUCUGUGAGUUACCAUCUGCCGAGCUCAUCUGAUACACUGUUCAAUUCUCCGAAGUCGCUCUUUCUAGGAAAAGUUAUAGAAACAGGGAAGAUCGACCAAGAGAUUCACAAAUACAACACCCCGGGAUUCACUGGGUGCCUCUCCAGGGUCCAGUUCAACCAGAUUGCGCCUCUGAAGGCGGCCUUGAGGCAGACGAACGCCUCCGCCCACGUGCACAUCCAGGGCGAGCUGGUGGAGUCCAACUGCGGAGCCUCCCCGCUGACCCUCUCCCCCAUGUCGUCCGCCACCGACCCCUGGCACCUAGAUCACUUGGAUUCAGCCAGUGCCGAUUUUCCAUAUAAUCCAGGCCAAGGUCAAGCUAUAAGAAAUGGAGUCAACAGAAACUCGGCUAUCAUUGGAGGGGUCAUCGCUGUGGUGAUUUUCACCAUUCUCUGCACCUUGGUCUUCCUCAUUCGCUACAUGUUCCGCCACAAGGGCACCUACCACACCAAUGAAGCAAAGGGAGCAGAGUCCGCAGAGAGCGCCGACGCCGCCAUCAUGAACAACGACCCCAAUUUCACAGAGACCAUUGAUGAGAGCAAAAAGGAAUGGCUCAUCUGAGGGGUGGCUCUUUGGCUAUGGGAGAGGGAAGGGCAAGUUAUUAGGGAGGAGGGAAAGGGACAAAAGCACCCUACUUCAUACCCUUGAGCACAUCCUUAAAAUAUCAGCACAAGUUGGGGGAGGCAAGCAACAGAAAAUUCUGGAGACGGAUUGCCACAAAAAAAAAAAAAUACUUUUUAAUAUUUCUUUAUAGCUGAGGUUCCCCUUCUGUAUCAACUCAAAAUAAUACAAAAAAUGCUUUUAGAGUUUAAGAAAUGGUUGAAAUUUGUAGGUAAUACCGUCUUAUUUUGUGUGUGUUUAGAGGUGUUCUAAAAAACCCAUGGUAACAGGGCAAGUUUUCUACAUUUUUAAGAGCCCUUAGAAUGUGGAUAUUUUUUCUUGAGAAAAGCUGAUGCUCAUGGCCUCCAGCAUUCUCUUCCUUUUGCAUAUAGUCGAUUUUUAAUGGGCUAUCAUAGUAACUAGUUCGUGUUCAUACAGUAUUUCUUUUCGUGUCCUGUAAAUUGGAAAAGGAAAGAAAGGGGCAAAGAGAACAUAUUAUCUGCCAGGUUUCAAAGAGUCCUCAAUCUAUGCCAAUUCUCUGAGAGCUCCCGCCUGAAACAGAAAGGAAAGAAGGAAGAGAGCAUGGUCCCUGCUGUGUAACAACAGAACCAACACAACAGAGAGAAGCAUUAAGAACCAGGGAAGUAGUCUUCUGUUGGGAUUGUUGGUGUAUCUUUCAUCAAAUUCUACAAGCCGGUGCUGUUCUUGUGUGUAGUCCUAGACCUAUUCACUGUCUGUGACUGUCAGCUAUAAUCCAGUGGUGAUCAGCUGUUACAAAAGACUUCUCCUCUGCUUUACCUGCAACAUGUUAGGUUAUGUUGUAUGUUUGGGGGGGCACCUCAAUGGGGAAUUAGAGCCAGAUGUUAAUGAUUUGCUCGCUCUGUUUCUUUUAUAGUUGUAGCAAGCAUAUGGACACUUUCUAGUGAAUGCAUAAAUUAGGUUGCUCUAAUUUGCUUUAAAUCUCUAGUUUUGAAGCCCCUGUGACAAAAUCCUAGCAGACCAGUUCCUCUGAAUGGACAUACCACAAUAAAGCCAAGUUAUGCUUGCUAUCAUUAUUGCUUUACUCGGAAUCAUAUGGAAAACGCUGCCAUAUUUUACACCAUCUACUCCAUGAACUGCUGUUCCAUCCUAAAUAGACACACUGCCAUGUUCGGAGAUGUCUUUGACAGAUACAUUUGAACCAGGUUCAUCACAAACCUGGUAACGGAUGCUUACCUCUCAGAGAAUGGACACAUGUAGAUAGCUACACGUCAGUCUAAUCAGGAAUCCUGACCAACUUUUUCCAUCAAAUAACUCCUGGAUUUUAUUUAAAAAUGAUUGACUUUGUAAACAACUGGGACAAAGCUCCUAUUGGAGCAUCAAAAAAAAUAAUAAUUUCAUUUAUUUAUUUAUAAAAACCACACAAAGGUUAUUUCUAGGAUGACUACCAUUUAUGAUCAUUUUAGUUCAGGCUCUUAAUAAGUACUCUUAAAAUUUUUUUUCAGACUCCAACAUUCUGAGGAAUUAAAAAGGAUCCCUUUUUUCCUUUUCCUGGAAGGGGGUAAGAUGAGAUUAAAAAGGUAUUGUUGCUAUUUUUCUGAUAGUGUGCCUCAGUGAGAUGGAAAUUCUGGUUGUUAGGUUAUAUAUACAUGUUUUUCAAAAUCCUCGGUAUGCCUAACUUACGGGAGGAUCUCAGCUUCUUGGGUGAUGAAAAAUAUUAUCUAGAGUUGCCAAUGGCAUAUUGUACUGGUACAUUACACAUUCUAAAGGAGACAUCGAACAGGUUAAUUCCCAUUAAAGUCAAGGUAACAGAACCAAAGGGAACCCCCUUUACAGUUGCUGACCUCAGCCACAAUCACAAACACACUUAACUUAAAAAGGUCUCAAUCAUUAUUCCAUAAACACAUUGUCAAAUGAAAAGUACGUGGUAUGACUAAGCAGCUGAACCAGCUUUUAAGAAUACAGCUUUUACGAAUGAUGUAUUCAAAACAAAGGCUAUUUAUUUAGCCAAGAUGACUACCAUGAAGGGUUCUUUCAUGUAUUGUCAAAUUACAGAAGCAAAUUUUAAACAUUAUGUUUAGUAGAAAUGUUUCUGAUUUUUCAAACCUAUUUCCUAGGUAUGACUUUUACACUUAACCCAUAAUGCCAGAUGGAAAUUGAUUACUUCAUGCAAUUCCCAUGAUAGCUUUCAUCUUUAUGCAUUGUCUCUGCACUUCCCCUUUCUUCCCAAAGUGACUAAGGGGUCAAAACAAUCAAAAACAGCCCCUGACACUAAAAUGUUUUCACCCUCUCUUUUCUCUCUCUUCUUCCCAUUUUCCUGCCAUGAAAGAUGAAGAACAAAACCCAACCCUUCUCUCACCAAGUUUGAAAACCCAGGGCGCUGGAAUGACUUAGAGGGAUCAGUGGGUCUCCCAAAUCACCAUCAUUAAGACAUACAUGUGACACCGUUUUUCCAUGUUAGGGGAGUACAGUCGGGCUAGCAGACAAGACACUGAAAGGUGGAUAAGGUAUUAAGUAACUAAGUUAAGUGCCAAGUGAGUGCUGGAAAUCCUCGUCUUCUCUUUGGAAUUGUGGUCCUCACCGAAAGUCCUCAGGGUCUUUGUGAAGGCCACAUCCAGUACAUUCUAAAUGGUAAAUAAUUCAUGUGAAGAUAAGGAAGCCUCUCUUUUUUCCAGCCCCCUCCCUUGAAAGCUCCACAUAGUACCCCCUGGACAGCCCUGACAUUGUGACCCACACUCAGUGCCUAGUCCUGCUUGUCAGUCACAUUCCACACAGUGUGAACCUCUUUUAUCCCAGGACCUGAUCAAGCGAGUCCAAAGACGCUGGCGGUAGCCCCUUUAAAUAAUAAUGAACAGAUUAAACAAACCCCCAGAAAGAAAAAUUUUUAGAGACAAGAGGCUGCCAUACACUUACGGGAAAAGCUGAUGGUCGAGUGAGGGCGAUCAGUGCAGGAAACACCAUCUGGGCACAGAGCAAGCAUCUGCGUUUUGAGAAGGGAGGAGCAGGACUUUGAAAGCAAAAUCCAUGCCAUUCUCAGCUCUCAAAAUAACAUAUUCCCUAGACCCCAAGGAGACUAGCUCAGGAGGUGAGAGGUUGUGUUGUCAAGUUCUCUGAAUCUUAAUCCAGAAGACUGUUUCCCCUUCUGACUUUCAACCAACUGCUCAAAAAAAGAAAAAAGAAUAAAGGACAGAGAGAGAAAGAGGAAGACUGUUCUGUGCAAGUUUUUAUUAAGAAGCUAGAAACAAGGGUUUGGAGUGCAUUUUGUUGGACAAUUUCCUAUUGCCCUCCAUUUGCUACACAAGAAUCCUUUACUAACAGGAGCAGGGAUUCAGAGGCGCAGAAGAAGAAUUGCAUGAAGAAAAGAGGAGAUCUUAGGCCAUUCCUGAAUGUCUGUGGAGUAGCCCCCAGACGCUAGCAGAAAGCUAGGCACCAAGACAAACCAUAGGAAGCACUUAUGGAAGGAGUAGCUUCCAGUUAGGAAAACACGAUGUCAGUGUUUGUCCAGAAGAAACUUCUAUUUCCUUCUAUACUGGAUCUGUUUUUUUCAAUCCUCCCACUAACUCUUUUUCUCCCUUUCUUUUCUUGUAUGGUGUAAACAUUUUGUUUGUGUCUCCAAACAAUAAGCACCUAAUUUAAACCUCUUAAUACUGUUACCUUUUCACCAUCCCGUCAAGCAGUUUUCAAAAAGAGAGGAAGGAGUUAUUAAAUUGAAUUCCAGUUAGCCAGCCAAAAUGGGUCCCAGGUUACUAGUUGGCAGUAGAACCAACUGAUCCUGAAACAGAGGAGAAACACAACGGUUCUAGCCGACUUGGGCUAAAACCAAUGGGCGCCAUGUUUAAUGUGAUGUCUUGGUGAGGAUGGACCCUGAGAAUCAGCUGAUAGAGUCCUAACCCUUUCUCUCUCCCCGACUUGCUAUGUGACCUGGGUCAAGCCUCAGUCCCUCUUGGCCCGUAUUGGGGAUACAGUUCUGCCUACUUAAAAAGACCAACUGUGAGGCACCAUGCCUUCUUGAGGGCAGCAUACUUUGACAUCCACAUAUAAAGACCCAAGUCAAUGGAGCCUACUGGAAGAUUUACUUUCUGGCCUUUGGUUCUUAAUCCCGCCAAAGAAACAAUGUGGCCACAUCCGGAAGUGUACAGAUUUCGGAGACAAUUGCUCUACAACUGUCCAAUUAUUCAUCAAGGAGACUGCCCGAGAGCUAACUUGUCAACCCUGGGAGAUGCGACAGGCGAAGGCCAGAGAAAUCAGAACUUCAUGGGCACAAAACCCAGAGUUCCCACGCAGACAUGACUGACAGCUUACACACGCACCCCCUCCCGGUUGCCCCCGGGCUGGCUCACACACAAGACAACAUGAGAAACAAAUGGGAUUCUUUCGCAUAGCCUAGUGCCACCUUGCCUACACCACACAUACCCUGCAUGAUAAUAUUGGUGACUCUAGAAUAGAUUUCUUUCACAGCAGUAUUUUCUGGAUACCAAUGGUAUGUCACACGCAUAGUCAAUGAAAUAGGGAAACCGUAUCAAAAAGUUGAUUGUCUCCCGUGGAGCAAAGACUGGCAAAAGGGUAGUAGAGAUACGUGAGCACGCAGGAAUUCAUAUCCAACGCGCAUUUACAAGUUCACUUUCCAGAUGAGAACGUGCUUUAAGAGCAGGUCUACACAGAUGGGCCUGCAACAUUUCCAAGGCUCGGUUUAUUGGAAACAGCAACUGCUGGGUUCUGACAUGGCUAGGAAGACAUCCCCUCAUGUGGGCCAAAAAACCAUUCAGAUGUUACUGAUUCUGAGUUCGGUUGGGUUUUUAUGUUUUUUUCAGUGAGCAUGGUGACUGCGGAGGUCAGGGUUAUGGAAAGCUGGGCUAAGUAUUCUUUCUGUAAAGUCGAUUAGGAUUCCACCCUGUGAAAUGACCCAAAAGUUCACUCUCUAAAAGCAACAGCAUGUAACAUAGAAUGAAAGAAGGAAACUAUGUAUGUAUGCCUAAUAUUCUUUGUGAAUGUCUUUCAUUUAACUGAAAUUAUAUUAGAAACAAGAUUGAUAAAUAAAAAAUCCAAAAUAGUUUUAAUUAUCCUAAAAA